CACCGGAGGAAUUAGUAGAGCAAAGCGACAUAUAGUUGGUGGGUAUACGGAUGUAAGGGCGUGCGACAAAGUGUCUGAUAGUGUGAAGGAGGAGAUUAGUAAUUUUAUGGCUGAGAAGAAGAAGACAAGAGAAAACAUUGUGCUGGACCAAGAAGUUCAACGACAACGGUUUCGUGAAGAGGCUUUGAUGAGUUAUGGAGAUGAAUCAGAGGACGACGACGAAACUGUUGACUUGGCUAAAUCCAAAAAACCAAAAUUGAACAAGAAGGGUCCCAUGGAUAUGUUUGUUAGUCAUACUCGGCAACAUAGCGCAAAGACAAUGAACAAACAAAAGGAUUUAAAUGAAGAAGCACUUAAAGAAUUACGAAGCCGAGCAUGUUCUGCAAUAGAACGCUGGAUGUGCGAUGCUGCCAUUCCUUUUAAUGCGGUAAAUUAUGAAAGCUUUCAAGAAAUGAUUGAUGCAAUUGGAAAGCAUGGUCCUGGCAUGAAAGCUCCAUCCUUUCAUGAGGUUUCAACUCCACUUCUUAAAGUUCUUCGUCUAGUUGAUGGCGAGACCAAGCCUCCAAUGGGUUAUAUUUAUGAUGCAAUGAAGAGAGCAAAGGAGAGUAUUACAAAGAGCUUUGGAGGUCAUGAGGAAAGAUACGAACGUUUCUUUGAUAUAAUUGAUCAUAGGUGGGGGAUUCAACUCAACCACCCUCUACAUGCAGCUGGUCAUGUCUUGAACCCAGACUAUUUUUACUCUGAUCCAUUGAUGGAAAAAAAUGAAAAGUUAAUGGAUGGGUUCUACAAAUGUCUUGAUACGUUGGUGCCAGAUAUUUCGAUGCAAGACACGAUUACCAAUGACCUCAUACUUUAUAGGAAAGCAGAGGGCACAUUGGGAUUUAAUGUUGCCAAACAACAAAGAAAUACGAAACCAGCAGUGGAGUGGUGGAGAGCAUAUGGAGGUAGUGUACCUGUUCUGCAAGACUUCGCUAUCAAGGUCCUCAGCUUAACUUGUAGUGCAUCUGGUUGUGAGAGAAAUUGGAGUUUUUUUGAACAUGUGCAUAGCAAGAAGAGAAAUAGAUUGGACCAAGCUAGGUUGAAUGACUUGGUAUUUGUCAAGUAUAACAGAGCUCUUAUGAGGCGCCACAAAAUGCGGGAUGUGAUCGAUCCGAUAAUAUUGACAACCAUAGAUGAUUGUAACGAGUGGUUGCUAGGUGAGGAAUGCUCAGAGGAGACCAUUAAUGAAAUACCCGUCCGUGAUGUAUCUAGAGCAUCUGGAGCUGAAGAGCCGAUCUACUAUACCCGAAGGCAAGGAAAGAAUGGUUCAAGUGCUUCCACAGAUGCUACUCCACAAACACAUUCGAAAAGACCUCUCAACACGCGACAACUUAUUGAUGAGGAUGAUGAUGAUGUUGAGGAUGAAGAUUAUGGAGAAGAAUGUGAACUCGUUGGUGCAAGCAGUACACCAGAUGAUGAUGCUUUGGUUUUGAGUGAGGAGGAAUGGGAAGAUUAUGAUUAAGUUUUCUAGAUCACUACUAUAUUUUCUAAUAAAAAACAUAUGUAAUAAAAUUCCAAUAUGCAUAUUCCCCUGCGAAUUACCUGAGAGGAGCCAUGGAAAUGAAAUCCAAGAUUGCUAACAACCUUAACAUGCUAAUGUAAGAGGAGCCAAGGAAAUGAAUUCCAAGAUUGCUAAGAACCCUAAUGUAAAAAUGAAAUCCAAGAUUGCUAAGAACCCCAAGAACAUCUACAAUGGAACGUGUAAAAAUAGGUAGGCUAUAAUUUCGUGUUUGAUUUAAUUAUUAUGUGUGUGAAUCUAAUGAAAUCCAAUUCAUCUU